AUGCUAGCAUGCACUAACAGCAUCUUCCAUGGCCCUGCCACAUUCCACCGCCAAUCCCAGCCUUCUAAAUUCCUACUCUCCAAGCCUCUUCUCUUCCCUCGCCUCCCUCGCGUAGUCAAUUUCGGGAAAUUAAAGUUCAAUUCGCCCUUUUCCGUUAAGAAUAGCUUCCGCCGUUUCGAUGUCAAAUCUUCCGUCAAUUCAUCAUCAGAAGUUUUGGAGUCCAUUGAUGUUGGUGUCCCGCACAGUUCUCUGCAAAAGCAUUCGGUGAAGAUUCCCGUUGGUGAUAGACAUAUUUUGGUUGAGACUGGUCACAUAGGAAGGCAAGCAAGUGGUUCUGUUACAGUUACGGAUGGGGAGACCAUUCUGUACACCACUGUUUGUUUGAAUGAUACUCCUAGUGAGCCAUCCGAUUUCCCCCCCUUUCUGUGA